UGUGAGUCAGUUCUUCGUAGCAUAGAAAAACAGAUACAAAGAGCAAAUUCACACAAAGAAAAAAAGCAGAAACAGAAGAGUCAACUCGAAGUAGAGGUAACUACUAUGUCCUUUUAUGUUGUUUUGUACACCCUGGGUGCUAGGUUUUUAUGUGCGGUUCCUGGUCUCGGUCAAGUCUUUUAUAGUGCCCCGCACGAAAAGCGAAAAGUUUUUUCUAGUAGCUUCAGACUUCGGCCGAAGAUCUGUCACCCUCCGACCACAUUAAAGAAAUCCCGUCGUACGAGACAAGAAACCUCUGGUAUCCAGGGUAAAAAAAAUGUAACAAAAUUUCUGAUAAAGAGGCUCUUCUUAGCCACAAUUGACAUUAGCAACUGGUUUGCUUCCUAUCAGUCUAUUUUUGCAUCAUUUUGUAUUUGAUUUGGAUUUACAAGUUUUAGUGUUUCUUCUGCUCUUCCACCCUAAUUACGUAAUUCCUUUUUCCUUUUUUUUUUUUUUUUUUUUUUUUCUACUGCAAGGAGAAACCAUAACAAAGAAAGCAACAAAUUCCAAACAAGGUCACUUUGACCAGUCAAAAGUUGUAUAAACAAUUGGCCCAAGCUACGGUGGUUAGGAUUCGUUGUUUGCUUCCUGUGCUGUGAUAGGUUAAUGGCGCUGCAAUCUCUAGGCUCGACAUGCCGUCUCGUUCCCUGAGCGCGCGCUCAUUUCCCAAACAACUGGUACUCGAGCUUAUGUAAUCUCUUCAAUGAUUAUUCCAUUUUUUUUUCUUUGCUAAAGGCUGAAAAUUUGAAAAAGGUGAUCAAGGCAUCUUCUCAGUCUGAUUUGGAGAGUGGAACCGUGUCAGGAAUGCCGGCCGCUUAUCACAGUCAACAAUAUCAACAGAAAGUUCCAACUACAACUAAAACCAAAGGGUCAGUUUUAUUACUCUGCUAA